GAACUUGAAUUCGUUAAUAGUGGGUUUUGUUCUCGCAUAUGAGUGGCAUUUGAAACUCAGCUCCCCAACUCAAACACCGCGAACAUCGUGAUCUAUUCUGUGACCGAACCAUAACCAAGAGUGUGGUAAAGAGGAAAACCCCACCAUGAGGAACCAAACCGCAUAGCGUCGAAGAACGUGCACGCAGGGUACCAAGCACCGAGUCUGAAAUGCAAGCAGAGUCAGUGCGGUGGUCAUGCCGGGUGAUAAUCUCGCUGCACAGGGUCAUCGAGAGUUAUCAGUGAACGAAAAUCGCCGAGAGAAAAAUUGAGGAGAAGUUGUCGGAAUAUGCUUAGAGAAGCCGAGUUCGGUUCUGCCGGUGCUGCUGUGACAGUGUGCGAAGGAUUCCGUAUUGUUGCUUGAAGGAUUAAAACACACACCCUGUACUUUGAAAAAAUGUACGGCACAACCCUUUUCUACCUUCUCGCACUAGCAACCUUGUGCCUGACCAUCGACCAGAGAAAGUCCAACACGAUCAUCUCCAACCACCUCCGUGUCACCAAUCCCGACCCCGACGAUGCCGAACUGAUGGAAUUCCAAGCCUCCGGCACAAAAGCUGGCAAGAAAACAAACAAACCCGACCGAGACGAGAAAGUCAAAACGCUAUCGCAACAGAUAGCCGACGGCAAAUACGGUCUGAUACAGAAGGAACUCUUCCUCAAACCGCCCAAGAGACCCGGCAUAGUCAGCUACGAAAACAACCCCGAAGUGCCCAACGACAACAUCGGGAAUUUGGGUGGGCUCGACAAGGACGAGAUUUGGCUAGCGGAGAACCACUUGUUGGUGCUGAGAGGGGGGAAAUAUCCGCCCCACGACGACCGGAAAGACGUCACGAACGAAUCGCCCUGGCCGCCCAUCGACAACUACAAAGCCCCCCUCCACCAAGUCAAGAUCCCCAAGCACCCCAAGGUACCGCCGCCCUUUCCCGUCCAGCUCUCCGAAAACGGGCCGCUCCAAAUCCUGGGUACAAACUUUUCGCGAACGCUUAAUGAAACAGACGAACAGACGGCCUACGCCCUACCGCCCCCCGAAUUCUUCGACCCGUCAGCGAUCUAUAACCCUGGCGAUACCAAUUCGACCAACUCUUCUGCCUGGGCCGCUCAGAUGCCAGUACCUGUCGACCCUUCGGGGGAAUACCCAGGGGGGAUGCCGUUCCCCCCACACCUCUUGAACGCGACCUUGCCGCCCUUCUUAGGAUAUUUGCCCCCCGGCGCCGUCGUCCUGCCACCACCAGGAAACCAAACAGACUUUUACGACUACGACGACCCCUCGAUAUACUAUCCUCCGCCAUACAGUUUUUUCUACCCUAAGGAUAACUCUUCUGCGGUACCAGCUGGACCUCUUGUACCUGGUAUCGUAUUACCGCCGCCUCCAAACUUCUUCGCUCCUAUGGACGAUACUACCACCAGGCCAACCACAAUUAGAAAGCCCCAAAGACAAAGGAAACCCAUCACUAAUACACCUAGAUCCAGAACAACUACGCCAGUUCCUACUACAACAAACACAGAAACUACCAGUCGAAGAACAAUUAAAAUUUAUCCUGUUUCCGAAGAACCUUACCUCAACGAAAUCAAACCUACGGUUACAACAACAACACCCAAGACUGUUACCAUUCUGUCAUCUCAUCCAGAUCGAAGCUAUCUACCAGUACCACGAAUGCCAGUGUCGACUCCAUCAUUCAAAAAGAAGACCGGUGUCACCAUAUUGAGACCUGUGAAACCACCUACGUCACCGAAAGUGUAUGUAUACAAUAACGAAAUACCAGCCAAACCCUUGAGGGAAUACAAACCAUCAAAAAUAUCGGUCACUACUACCCAAGUUCCCCUGAAAUACCACACGACUUCAAACGACAUCGAAACCAACUCUGGGACUCAGCAAACCGAAAAGUACAGGAGUACAAGAAAGAACAAAUCAGCUAUGACAACUUUGAGGCCAGCUGAGUACUAUUACUACGAAGAGGCAACCAAUAAACCUGUGGAAACCACCCCAAGAACACCAAUACGGCAGAGUUCCUAUGUUGACAACAACGAAGAGACCUACGUUAAACCAAAAGUGGUAUCGGCAGUAAGGCAACGAAGACCACAGUACAUUUAUGUAACGGGACGACCAUACAAUACGCAGAAGCCUAGAUUCCGAUUCAUACAGCAGCCUGCAAAGCCUGAUUCAUUUAGUAUCCACAUCGCCAAUAUACAGAAGCAAAUUCAACAGUUCACGACAACUAAACCAAACUAUAGAACAUCGUCCAAGCCCGUGUAUCAGUUCAGCUUUCAAGCAGCAAAUUAUAAGUCUGCCAAAAAUAACGAUUUCAAACCUUCCCCAGUAGAAUUACAAGGAGACCAGUUCAGGCCGCUACCACCAAAGUAUAGUGUGGAAGUUCAACAAGCUAUCGAAAUCCUACCGUCUGAACGACCAAAGUUUGUGGAACACUCUCGUCCAGUCUACUAUCAGCAAUCCUACCAGCAGCCCAGAAAACCACCACGUCAAUAUUACACUACUCCUGAACCACAGUACCAAUACGACACGGUAACUCAGAAAGCACAAUAUAUACAGAACGUUGCAACUCCUCGGCCAAUCACACAAUUUAGCUUUGAGGUUACGCCGAACCCGAUAUUCCAAGGUUUCUACACCAAACCAGAUGAAGGAUACUUCGACGAUAGGACUAGAACCUAUUUCACAAUGUUUGGUAAAAAGCUUCCAGCACCUACAACACCUCUACCCGGCAUUGAGCAGACCACACGUCAAAUACAAUAUGAGGAGCGACCGAGCUAUCAACAAAGGCCGAUAUCGUUAGAAGGUGACACCUUAGUCAACUACUUGAAUCCGAGACCUACCAUCAAUCCGGAUGCCGAGUUGGUUCCUGUGAACAAUCAACCAACGUAUCCAAACGUCGUGAGGUAUACAUCUAGACCGUCUGCUGACGUACCAAAGAAUGAAAACCCGGAAAUCAUAAGAGCCAUUCCGAUAGAGGUUGAAUCGACUAAAUCAGAGGAUGGUUCAUUUAUAUCGUAUCAACUUCCAGGUGACGACGGGGCUCACUUUUAUUUCCUAACGCCUCAGUUGGCACGUAGUAGGGAUCAAGGGUCAGGGUUCUACUAUUCACAGCCCCAGAGGUCUCGGAUACGCAGGAAUGAAAAGAUAAACGACAAGGAAAGAUGAAAUAAUGUGAUGUGAAAUUGGACGCGAUGAAAAUUAGUGACUCCUAGUGCCUAUUUAAAUUGGUCUGUGAUCAUGAAUUUUGGUGAUAAGGACAUCAAAAUAGAGGACGUGUCUGAAUUCUAGAUAUUGAAAAAACAAUUGAUCCGGUUGAUUCGCAUUCUAGUUAUGAAUGAUGAAUCUAAAACUGUACAAACAAAUUCAUUAUCUUUAUUUGAUGAUGCGAAGUGAUUCUUGGAACUUUCUGCAAGACACUAAUUACUGAACAGAUAUAAUUUAAAUUAAUUGGAUUUGUUAGAAAAUAAUGAGUAUUUAUUGAAUUUUGGUGCUAUGAAUAUCCCUCCAUAAUUCGUAAUAUUUUUAUAAACUAAGGAUGUGACAAACCAGCAUGAGUAUGCAAAGAAAUUCAUCGAUGAAGUAUGUGCAGCUGUAGUAAUGAAAUUGUUGACUCCAUAUGUUUUUCCAAUAUUAUUUCUUAACAAGUAAUUCCAAUUUUACUUUAUGCUAUCUCAUUAAAAAUAGUGGGAAAAACCCAUAAUUCUCGUAUUGUGACAAAUCAAAUGAACUAUAUAUGUAAAUAAACUUAGCAUAUUUUGGCACGUUUUUUUUCAACCUAUGUACCCAUUAUUGUUUGAUGCAUGUUGAUGUCGUUCAAUAUACAGAGACAAGUAGGUACGAAAUUUCAAAAUCCUUUGAUCUUCAAUAAUAACUGACAAUGAACUUCAACCUAAUAUCAAUUCCAAGAUGGUGCUCUCACUAUCGUUCUACAAUUGAUGCAAUAAACCUCUGGUGCGCUCAGUCUUCAUUUGUUUCGUCAGACUGGUUCUUGAUAUAAAAAUUGAAUUUCAGACGAUGACGUGAGGUUCACAUAUUGAAUGUUAGAUGAUGUGAUUCCUGUAAUUUUGGUACAACACCAGACUAAACUUAGCGAGAUUCACCCUCGCUAUGUUAUAUUUAUCGAAGUAGGCGAAAAUCAAGGAAUUUUAAAACAGGAAAGGAUUGAAGUGCGUACACCAUUCUACAGAUGUCACCACGUAAAAAUGUACCACAGAAACAGAAUAUAUAUUUUUCAUUC